UAUAUUAUAUUUGUUAAACUGGUCCUACAAACUUUACGAUAUGCAUUGCCACGACUCAGAUACUAUAUUACUUAUUAGAUCACGUAGAGCAGCAGUGGCAAAAUUCUUUUUGAAUUCUCUAACGAGCCGGCGAAAGGGACUACCAAAACUCAGAUACUUCUGCCAAUUUUUCAAUCUCAACCGUAAUUUCAAGGUUGUAAUGGAAGAACUAGGUGUUGAUACACCUGUGAGUUAUGACUGUGAGAUCAGACUGAGGGUGAAUCCUCAAAGGCGAAAGGAAAAGGUUUACGUAGGUUGUGGUGCUGGAUUUGGAGGUGAUCGACCAAUAGCAGCGUUAAAGCUACUUCAGAGGGUGAGGGAGUUGGAUUAUUUAGUGCUGGAAUGCCUAGCAGAGCGCACCCUGGCUGAGCGCUAUCAGGCCAUGAAAUCUGGUGGCGAGGGUUAUGAUCCCCGUAUCUCAGAGUGGAUGCAACUGCUCUUGCCUUUGGCUGUGGAGAAUGGAGUUUGCAUUAUUACAAACAUGGGUGCAAAUGAUCCAUUUGGCGCUCGGGAUGAAGUUUUACGACUUGCAAGCGGACUGGGCAUCUCUAUAACUGUUGGUCUGGCUCAUCAAGUUGCUGUUGUCAGAUCAGAUUUGGAGGAGCACCUUAAACAUGUUGAUGAUGUUAGUGUGUAUCUAGGAGCAGCUCCUAUUGUUGAAUGUCUUCAGAAUUUCAGACCGAAUGUAAUUAUUACUUCUCGAGUUGCUGAUGCUUCCUUAUUCUUAGCCCCAAUGGUGUAUGAGCUCGGUUGGAACUGGGAUGACUUGCACCUGCUUGCCCAAGGUUCACUGGCUGGCCACCUGCUAGAAUGUGGUUGCCAACUUACUGGAGGAUACUAUAUGCAUCCAGGAGAUAAAUACCGUGAUAUAUCUCUGCAAGAUCUCCUAGAUUUAUCUCUUCCUUUUGCGGAAGUUAGCUUUGAUGGGAAAGUAUGUGUAGCAAAGGCGGAAAGCAGUGGUGGGGUUUUGAAUCCCUGCACGUGUGCUGAGCAGCUUCUGUAUGAAGUGGGGAAUCCUAGUAGCUACAUAACCCCAGACGUGGUUGUAGAUUUUCAAGAUGUUUCAUUUCAGACAUUAUCAAGCAGUAAAGUUCUCUGUGCUGGGGCAAAACCAUCUGCAGCAGCUCCUAAUAAUCUGUUGCUGCUGGCCUCCAAGGACAAGGGGUGGAAGGGCUGGGGAGAGAUAUCCUAUGGUGGAUAUCAGUGUGUUAAACGUGCUAAAGCUGCUGAUUUUUUGGUAAGAUCAUGGAUGGAAGAAGUAUACCCUGGCAUAAGCAAACAUAUAGUUUCCUAUAUCAUUGGACUGGAUAGCCUGAAAGCUGUUAGCAUAGAUGAAGAUUUGCCAAGGGAUAGUCAAGAUAUUAGAUUACGAAUGGAUGGUUUAUUUGAGAAUAAGGAACAAGCAAUCCACUUUACAAAAGAGUUCAUAGCAUUAUAUACAAAUGGACCUGCUGGUGGUGGCGGUAUCAGCACUGGACACAAAAAAGACAUCAUUCUUGAGAAAGCACUGGUAAAACGUAAAGAUGUUCAGUGGCAUAUGACAGCAACAAGAAAUAAAAUUAUGCAAUCAGAUGAUCUGGCUAGCCCUAAAAACAUAAUACAGACCAGUUCAUUCCAUGAAUCAGUCUUGCAAUCACUUACAAUGGAAACUACUUUGAAUCACAAAGAAGGUUCACCGCAAAUUGAGCUGAUCUCCCCUGCUCCACAUGACAGGAAGAUUCCUCUUUAUGAUUUUGCACAUAGCAGAGCUGGUGAUAAAGGGGAUGAUAUAAACUUUUCCCUUAUCCCAUAUUUUCCUCCAGAUAUUGAAAGGCUUAAGAAGAUUGUAACUCAAGAAUGGGUGAAAAAAGUUGUCUCAAGUCUUCUUAAUCCCUCUUCUUUUCCCACUUCUGAUGAUAUUGAACAAAGAAACAAAUGGAUCAGUGAACAUGUUGAAGUGGAGAUUUAUGAAGUCAGAGGGAUCCAUUCUUUGAAUAUAGUGGUUCGUAAUAUCCUAGAUGGAGGUGUGAACUGCUCAAGGAGAAUCGAUAGGCAUGGAAAGACUCUAUCCGAUCUCAUAUUGUGCCAGAAAGUGUUAUUGCCUCUGUAAUUGAACAGAUGGCAAGACUGGAAAAGACACGCUGACUCCAUUUUCUUUAUCCUGGGAGGUGAUAGUAGUGACAGUGGGGUGGGGGACAAGCUCCUGGCCUAGCUACAAGUUGGAGUAUACCAGAACCUGAAGACUUACUUUUGAAAUAAAAUUUGUUGUAGUACCAGUACAUGUUCAUAAACAAGUUGUCUGAACUCUUUAUUCUGAAAUAAAAUUACUGUUGCAGAGUUUUUUACUCUU